GUUAACCAUUAAAUCGACACAACAUCCAAACACUGCACAUACAUAUAUCGUGCUUGGCAAUUUUUACUUAAUAUUAAUUUUUAGUCUGUUUGCUUAUUGAUUACUCACGUGGCUAGCAUUUUUCAUAUACAGAGUUCCUGAUUUAUAAUCAUUUGCAUACCCUUUUGAUAACUUCACAGAAGUCAAUUUUCUAUUCUCACACGUGCCAUUUUGGUGCUUCAACACUUUUUUUUUGUCGACUCGUAAAAUUAAAAAAAAACAUAUAUCAGUCACCAUCAAAUCAGUAGGAACAAAGUUCUGCUUGCAUAUAUCAGAAAUAUACAUACACACGCGGGAUGUUUGCCAAAUUCUUCAAGAAGGACAAGAAGGAUAAGAAAGGAAAACCGGAUGAAAAGGUCGCUUCUGGGCGCCCCAACGAACAAGCCAACGAAAAAAAAAAAGAUACUAGUGCAAUUGUUCCUCAGGAAAAACUAACGAAGGAUGACUUCGAAAGCUUGGAUGUGCUGGGUAAGGGAUCCUUUGCGUAUGUGGUUCUCUGCCGACGUAUUUCAACUAAUAAGUACUAUGCGAUGAAAGUGGUGAACAAGCAAGGUUUGCUAGACCAAAAGCGCAUACAAGACGUAUUUACCGAGCGUAACGUUCUUAUGCGUAUGGGUCAUCCAUACUUACUAAAGUUGCACUGGACUUUCCAGUCUGAGCACAAAGUGUUUUUUGUCAUGGACUACAUGCCCGGCGGGGAUCUCGACCGAUACAUGAACUCAGUUCCUAAUAAACAGCUUGACCUGUUUACUGCAAAAUUAUACGGCGCCGAAAUUCUGCUUGUCCUUAAUUAUCUUCAUAAAAAUAGUGUGAUUUACCGUGAUUUGAAGCCUGAGAACAUUUUGCUUACCCGUGAAGGGCACUGCACCCUCGCCGAUUUUGGUCUUUCGAAAGAUUUUUUAAGACAGGACCAGGAUGAUUCAAGCCAAGAUAUGCGAGCUAAUUCGUUUGUGGGAUCGCCAUUCUACGUUGCACCGGACGUGUUACGCCGGCGAGAGUACACUAAUGCGAUUGAUUACUGGUCUUUUGGUAUUCUCCUCUAUCGCAUGCUAUGUGGCCGCACGCCUUUCAACGGGAAAAGUAUGAAGGAAGUAUUCGAUAAUAUCUUGUACUCUGAUCUCCGCUUUCCAAGUAGUGUACAGCUUCCGCUAGAGGCUAAGGAUCUCAUCAGUCGCCUCCUUGUGAAGGAUCCUAACCGGCGUAUCAAAGGCCCUGAGAUCGAGGCGCAUCCAUUUUGGAACGGCAUCAAUUUCGAUGAUGUAAUGCAGAAAAAAAUCGCUCCUCCUAAGUGGACCCUCCUUCCCACAGUAGAGGAGAUGGUUGCCGCCAGAUCUGGUGGCGAUGAGACGCAGCCAAGGACAAAGAAUACUCAACAACUGGUUAACACACCAUCCCAUGUUUCGGAGCUCAACUCCACGGAGCAGCAGCUUUUUGGUGGCUUCACAUGUACAGCGGAAAGCCAUCUGAAUACUGCCUAA